CAGGUUAUGCGGCUCACUAGGUUCGCCCAUAAUCUAGAAGAAGAGGAAACCCUAAUUUUAGGGUUUUCGCGUUUGGCCUUAAUUUGAAUACCCCUUUCGAUUUCUCCACCGAGGCCGACACGAGAGGUGGGAUAUGAUGAUUCCGGCCGUAGCGAAAAGCUCCAGAGGCGAGAGGGAAGGACAAUCCCCCUUCUUCCGUGAUCUCUCCACCCCAGUCUCUGCUAGACGCAGUGCCGGUGCCGGACGGUUCGCCACCCCUGCCCAGGCGGCCGCAGUCUCCGCCCUUUGGCGUGACAACCUCGCUUCCGUCGAUCCGCCUCCGCCGCCCGCCUUCACCCUCGGCGACCGCUUCGACUUCUCGCCUGAGCCCGCUUUUGCUCCCAGCCCGACACCGCCAUCCCCAGAAACACGUACACCGCCGCAUUCCUUUUAUGCUCCUGCCUCGUCCCCCUCCCCUCUCAAGGCAGGCGUGGAUCCGAGCGCCUCGGGUACUGCCCAUGACGGCGGGUUGCGAAUUCUGCGUCAGCCCAGCUUUGGCGAAUCGGGUUUCUUAUCACCAGGCAAGAGCGUCGGAAGCGGCGACCGCUUAGGGAAGGGGAAGGGGUCGCCGGUUGAUGGGGUCAUUCAAUCUGGGGCGUUGAUUACUCUUCCUCCGCCGAGGGAAGUGGCUAUGCCUGAGGUGCGUCGGAAUACCUCCAUGCCCGUGGCCGGAGACCUUGAUGAGGAGCAGUGGGUUACUGUAUAUGGAUUUUCCCUUGGUGAUACAAACUUGGUGUUGCGGGAAUUUGAGAAAUGCGGAGUGAUACUGAAACACAUCCUGGGUCCAAGGGAUGCUAACUGGGUGCAUAUUUUGUACCAGAGCCAAUACGAUGCACGCAAGGCCCUUGCAAAGGAUGGCCUACAACUGAAUAAUGUCCUUAUAAUUGGUGUGAAGACUGUGGAUCCGCAACAGAAGCAGUACCUGAACCAGCAUUUUGAGAAUAACCUUAAUAGAGGUUUAAUUGUUCCAUUGCCGUCUGAGUCAGGAGGGAUGAACUCGUCUGCAACUAGCCUGAUCGCACCUACCUCUCAGAAUUACUUCAAACAGAAUAUCAUCAAUAGUGCAUCCAGUGAAACUGGCCAACGCGCCAUUGCUACCCCUACAAAAUCUGUCCUAUCUAAAGUCAUGGAUCUGAUGUUUAGCAUUUAAAACACCAGGUAAUCAGCCCAAUAAUCAUCCUUGCUUCAAGUAUGGUUAUCAAAAUUUCUGUCACUCCAUUAUGUCUUGGAGCUUUGCCAUUGUUCUCAAAUUUCUCAGAAGUAUCUUUACUGGUAGUUCAAACUUCACGCGCUGCACCUUUAUAAUAACUUCCCUGCCAUUUUCCAUGUUUGAUGUUCAUCAUCGAGUCUAACACAUUUAUCUGUUUAAUUUUUACUGUUUCAUAUCUUGAUCAAGUUGGCUCUUUUUCAAAGA